AUGUCGGAGGAAGAGAAGACUUCAACUCCCAGUAAGCCCUCCGCUGCGCUUGCGCCCAACAGCCCUCGCGCGGAGUCGCCGACCACGGCUAGACCCAUGGACUUCGACGAUGAACCCCAAGACACAGGUGUCGCAUCUGCGACCUCCACCGCGAACCCGCAGACCGCCACCGAGACUCCCCCAGCUGCCCCGCCAAAGCCGCCUCGCCCGCUGAGCCCCAAGGAGCAGUCGGAGAAUACGCUGAAGGAGGCCUUCCCUUCUAUCGAUGCUGGAGUUAUCAAGGCUAUUCUAAACGCAAGCAAUUGGAAUGUCGAGCGCGCGUUCAAUGCUCUUCUCGGUAUGACCGAUCCCACUGCCCAAGAGGACAUGGUUCCUCCACCGAAGCCCCCUCGUCCUUCUCAACAGCCUACUUCGACCACGCAGCGACAAAUGGAUUCGGACGAAAUGUACGCGCGCCAGUUGGCGGAACACUACAACGCGGGCCAAGGCCAGGGCCAACGGCGGGCCCCGGCCCCUGGGUGGGAGAAUGAUCCCAGAUACCGCCAGCCACGAGGUAGCGAGGACUCAGAUGACAAGGAGUAUAGUUUUUUCGACGAUGAUCUACCGGUGAUCCGCGAGAAUCUCCGCAAGGGCUUCUUGGAGACACAAACGAAGGUGAACUCGUGGGUGACGAACCUGAAGAAGAGAAUUGAUGGAGAAGAUGUGGACGAGGAACAGCCGCAAUCCACCCAGGAAUAUGAGCAGCAGCACUCGUCCUACGGCCGUCCUCGACGAAGCGGCGACAUGAGCCGUCGCAGUGGAGACCGUGAGCGCUACGACGCAGACCCCCCAGCUCCUCCUCCCCGUCCUCCCCGCCCUAACAUUAAGACCGGAUCUUCGCCCUCACCUGAUAGGCGUAAAGUUUCCUUCCAGGACGGACCCCCGACCGAGAUCGAUAAUCUAUACGAUGCCUCGUCUACUUCUAAGCGUCCCAUCUCUACAGGUGGCAAGCCUAGUAAAUGGCAGCCGCUGGCUAACGUGGAGCCUUCCCCCGUUGCGGAGAAUGAUCCUUUCAGCCUCGGCGACAGCGAUGAUGAGAAGGAGAAGGAGAAGGAGAAGGACACUAAGUCAAAGGAGCAACCUGCGGCUGGCGAGAGUGAGCAAAUCAAGAAGGCUACCGAGGAAGCGAUGUCGGGAGAGAUUGGAUCCAAGGAUGAUAAGACGGAGGAUUCUUCCAAGUAG